CUGCCAUAUAUGCCUACAUUGACCACCAAAACCACCCCAAUGUAGGCAUAGAUGGCAUACAUGGAGUGUUUGGGUGUAUGUUGUUCCUCUUGAAGCAUGGAGCCGUGCAGCACGGAGCGACCACAGCUCGUACUGAAGAGUACGAGCGCGAGUUCGGCGUUCGGCGCUUGCCUCUCACGAGACAGGUGAGCGAUUCUUACUCUCAGCUGCACAUCUUUGGGCUCUAGAUUCCGCCCCCCCCUCGCGCGGUCCAACACCCCCAUCGCGCGCGGUUGGCGGAUUUCUAGAGUGGGCGGAGCUGGGACCCAAGCAGCACAGCGCGAUGGCAGGACUCUGUGGCUCGUUCAAGGCAUGCCACUGUUGUACUGCCCGGAUUGGGCCAUCCGUGCUGGAUUGUGACACUGCGAUGCUGGCCACAGAGGCCGCACGCGCGCUGCGUGCGGGCGCCGACUACUUGCACUUGGACGUGAUGGAUGGGAACUUUGUUCCAGCCAUUUCCUUUGGUGCCAACGUGAUCGGGAAGCUGAGGGCGCAUCAUCCGAAGGUCUUCUUCGACUGCCACAUGAUGGUCGCGAAACCCGAAGAACAGGUUGAGCAGGUCGCGCAAGCGAAAGCCAUCCAUCCGGACACCAAGAAGAACCUCCUCCAGUUCACCUUUCACAUCGAGACCACCAAGUCACGAGGUAAGACGCAGGAAGUCAUUGACCUCGUGAAGCAAAAUGGAAUGCUGGUGGGCCUUGCCUUGAACCCUGCGACACCAGUGGAGCAUGUGCUGCCCUACCUGGACCAGGUGGACAUGGCCCUCGUCAUGACCGUGGUCCCAGGCAAGGGCGGACAAUCCUUCAUGGUGGACAUGAUGGAGAAGGUUCGACAUGUGAGAGCCAAGUAUCCGGAGAAGGUGUGCAGUCGUGAGCUCGUGGCAUUGGAGAUCUUCAGAUGUGGCUGAGGGAUGCUAAGGGCCCAAACCUGGAGCUGGCAAAUGAGCUUGACCCUGGUAGUUCAUUCUGUCAUAACCUGGUGCCCUGGGUAGGCAACCACGGUACAGUAUCCUGGCGCCAUGACCCACAGCCAGUUCUGUUCAUUUGAUUCCAUCAUGGUGGAUGAACCAAGGUCUCAAGUAUUGAGCAUGUUUGGAUCCAGGCAUAGUUGUCCGAAGGAACAAAUUGAGAGCUUUGUGGGAUGUAUUAUGUGAUGUGUAUAUUUCUGGUGUGUAGAUAUAUAUAUAUAUAUAUAUGUGUGUAGAUGUGUUAGUGGUUUAAUUCAUGCUGGAUAUGAUAUAAUAACAUAUAACUAUAUAUAUAUAUAUGUAUAUAUGCGC